CGAUAUGAAGAUUCUUCCAGCCCUCCAGCGAUCGCUCUACGUCAAUAGCCCUGUCCGUGUGGUCUUGUCGCAUCUCUGCAUCGACUCUGUCGGAAUGACGCUGGCGCCGACGCCCGAGAUCCCGCAUGUCGUCGGGACGCUUCUGGUCUCUUUGCCGUCAACGUACGAGGGUGGUGAGCUGAUGUUCACCAACGGCACCGACACGCAGGUGCUGACAGCGUCACGGAAAUUGGCGCAGCACUUUGCCUCGUUCAAUAAGAUCACGAGCGCGCCAAUCACCUCCGGCCGUCGCGUGGCGCUUGUGUACGCCUUGACGUGCGACCCGCAGUCGUGGGUGCCGCGGGCAACCCGAGAUGACGUCAUCGAGGCAUUUGCGACGAUCGCGCAAGACCCUCCGAGUGACAUUCAGCGCAUUGCGCGUGCAGUCGACAUGGACAUUGGUCCAGAGACGCUCUGGAUCAACCAGCUCGAGCGCGUCGACAAGGCGCUCGUCGACGUGCUUGCUGCGACAGGAGGCUAUGACAUUUCGCUUGUCGAAUCGAGAGAACACGCGCCCCCUACGUACGACGCCUAUGGUUCCGAGGACGACGCGUGCGACGACGACCCGUAUUUCGAGUACGAAGUGCGGUAUGAGAACCGCGUCACUCGCAUCCAGAGCCUCGCCGACAUCCCCGUCGCUGUGACCUCGGGUGUCAUAUGCAGGGGCGCCGACCUCUUCUUGAACGACGACGCUUCCGCCAACGGGUUCGCAUGCCCCGCCACCGCGAUUCUCUUCUGGCCCAAGCGCUGCCGCGUACCGAUCGCGGGUUCGUCGCGCGCUGUCCCUAUGCUGCGCGAGGCUAUUCACACCGGUCAAAUCGAGGAUCUCUUUGGUCUCAGUCUCCAUGACUUUGUGCUGGGAACACUGAUGGCUUUUGACGUUGCUGCCAACAGCAGGGAUGCAGUCGAGCUCGGGCAUCUCUUGCUCCGGUACAAAGACGCCGAGGUACUUCAGCGCUUUCUCAAAGAUACAUUGCCCCUCUCGAUUUUCGGGCUCACGGGACCGAAUGGCGCCGCACAAUGUAUCUAUGCGAGCUUGGAUUCGCUUGGCUGGUCGACGCUGCUGCCUUCCAUCGAGGGCCUCCUGGCGCGCGCGGCCAAAGCUGACAACACCAACGCGAUCUGCCACCUCCUUGCCAGCUUGGCGGGCCUCGCGACGGAGCGUGACGCCGUGUGUCCGCCGCUGACGCAGCCAUACACUGGUGAGUUUCUCAAGGCCUGUUGGGAGGCAGUUAUCAUCGAGUCCAAGUUUCGACCUGGUGACGCUCUGACGGAGCACUGUAUUCUCUUGGAUUGGUACUUUGACGAUUUCCUGCCGACGCGUCCGGGCGACAACUACCUCGGCCAGUGGCUACCACCUCCGCUGCUCCUGGUCGU